AUGUCUGACACAGUCGAGUCCCCGCCGGCCGACAUGGCAUCCUUCCGGUCUCGCGUCGUUGGCACCUGGGGUCUGGUGUCGUACGUCGGCAUCAACCUUGAGAACCCGGAAGAUAUCAUCUACCCAAUGGGCAAGGAGUGCAAAGGUCAAAUCAUGUAUAGCAACGACGGGUACAUGGCAGCUUUGCUACAAGAGGCGGACCUCAAACCAUCCGACCAUGACUGGAAAGAAGGCACCACCGAAGAGCUGGCCUAUGCAGCGAAGAAGACCCUCGCGUACUGCGGCCCCUUCUACCUUGACGAAACACGUGGAAAGCAGCAAAAGAUCGUCCAUCAUGCUCAAAUGAGUGUUCCGGCCAACUGGAUCAACACUCUGCAAAUCCGAUGUGCUGAUCUGUUUGAGGAAGACGGCCAGGACUACAUCAUACUGGGACCGGAGUCUCCGACCGAAUGGCAGGGUGUCAAGCGGCUUCUUCGGCUGAAAUGGCGAAAGCUCACACAGAACGAUGCGACUCAGCCUCCAGCAGACGCCAAAGAGCUGAAGAUUUAA